CCAGUGUUCAAUCCCCUCACUCAGUCUCUCCCUCUCUUUCCGCUUCCUUCCCUGUCCAUCCCACGAUUGUCGCGCCACAACCUUUUCCUGUCAGAGUGGAAUUUCAAUAUACUACGAAUGGGUUCCAAGCCACCCUGAUUGUCCCAAUCACACCGUCUGCAGACAAAAGAGCCUCGUCACUUAACCUACAUCGCAUCCCGGAUUGUACAGACAACUUUCCGACAUGGUUGGCAAAAAAUCGGGCAAGGCCCUUCUCCGGGACGAGGGUCUUGAACGGACGGAUAAUAACAUGGAGCUGUCAAGCUGGCCGCAAAUACCUCCCAUCAACCAGAAAAACUACUACACUGAUUACCUCAAGCGCGAUGAUCAGUACCUGGCAUUUCGACUGCAAAAUGAGGAGGCGCGGAAUAGGAUGGCAAAGACCGCUAAAGACAGGGAUCGCGCGUUGGCCAUGGCCAAAGCGAACGACCUAGGCUUACCUGAACCAGAAGCCGAGGGCGAAGGCGAUACCAAUAUGGAGGACGCAGAGGAGACAACUGCUGAAACGGCGGGCUCGAAAGUAAUCGUGGUCCAUGUUGGCAGUCAGAACCUUCGCAUUGGACUAGCUAGCGAUGCUUUGCCAAAGACCGUACCCAUGGUCAUCGCACGAAAAUCCUCAACCAGCGAGUCCGAAGAUCGCGAAGAGCCAUGUCCAAAACGUUUAAAAAUGGACGACGGAUCGGACAUGGAGCCGGAAAAGAUGUUUGGCCCGGAGUUCGCUUCACAAUAUACGAUAAUGACGGCGGAGCUCAAGGCUCAUAUGCGACAAAACAAGCGUCGGACCUUGCCAAACUCAAAAGAGAUGGUCAUCAAUUACAAUCGGAGAACAGUACCGGAGACCAUCUCAGAGCACAACGAUCCCAUGCGGGUUGAGUGGACUGAGCUCUCAGACCCUGCCCCGGAAUACAUUGUGGGACAAGCAGCUUUGAGAAUACCCGAUGCGUCCAAACCGCGGUACAAAUUAUAUUGGCCCAUAAAACAGGGUUGGUGUAAUGAGAGAGACUACGACAGCAAGAGGCUAUUAUUCCUGGACAUCUCACUCAUCCUCGAGGAUGCGAUAAAGUCACAACUAGGGCUCACGAGUAAGAAGGACUGGCCCCAGUACUCAUGUGUCUUUGUCAUCCCAGACAUAUACGAGAAGUCGUACGUUACUCAAGUGCUGGAAAUACUCAUGCGAGAAUUUGCGUUUGCGCGUGUCUGCUUCAUCCAGGAGAGCUUGGCGGCUACGUUUGGUGCAGGAUUCACAUCUGCCUGUGUGGUUGAUAUCGGCGCCCAGAAAACCUCAAUAUGUUGCGUGGAAGAAGGGAUGUGCAUUGAAAACUCGCGAGUUAAUCUGAAGUACGGUGGCCUCGAUGUAACCGAGACCUUUGUCAAGAUGAUGCUUUACGACCAUUUCCCCUAUGCCGAGAUCAAUCUCUGGCGUAGGUAUGACUUCUUGCUGGCCGAAGAGCUGAAGAAGAAUGUUUGUACGAUGAAUGAGGCAAGUGUAUCAGUUCAGGUCUAUGAUUUCCAUCUGCGGGUCGCCGGUCAGGAUACUCGGAAGUACACAUUCAAGGCCUACGAUGAGAUACAUUUGGCGCCUAUGGGCUACUUUCAACCCACCAUAUUUGACCACGGUGACAAGCUCAAAGGACGGAGGAAACUCAUUGCUCGCUCAGUUGAUAUAUAUGAUGGUCAACCUAAUGACCCGACGUCGGCAGCUCAGUCUGACAUUCUAACCGCCAUUGCUCCCCCUCUCAGCAGCGGCCAAGUAAAUGGCGAAGCUCAAUCUAAUACACUGGAAGUACAGGCUACACCGAGCCGCUCCCAGCAGAUCAACGCUCUCAGUCGUGUACAGGAGCUGGAUGCCACACCUCGGUCUUCUGUUGCCGGGUCGCCGGGACCAGAGACACUGGGUACACCUCUUCCUGGCGCAGCUACGCCUGUGCCUGUUGGCCAGAGUACGAGCGCAUUGCCAAACCGUGCGCCCACUGUCGAGGAGCGCGACGAUAUCUUACCAAGCUUUCCGCUUGACAGCGCGAUCUUGACUUCUAUUCAGCAUGCGGCUCGUUCUGACGAACGUAAGAUGCGAGAUUUCCUUGGCGGCAUCAUGGUCGUCGGGGGCGGAAGCUUGAUCAAUGGAUUCCACUCAUACCUUGAAGAGCGUCUCCAGAACCGCCAGCCAGGCUUUGCUAAAGAGAUCAUGAUUGGCACUCCUCCCCGAGAUCUCGACCCGCAGGUUGUCGUCUGGAAGGGCGCAAGUGUCUUUGGAAAGUUGAGUGGUACCAAUGACAGCUGGAUUGGGCAAUUAGAAUAUGACCGACUGGGACAUAGAUUGAUGGCAUACAAGUGCAUGUGGUCCUACUGA